AUGUGGACUAUGCAUGAAGCAUAUGAAGAGUUCAUUGCUAACUGUUGGUCUAAUCCUGUCAUUGGUUGUCCUAUGUCUAUUCUUAACGGGAAACUCCAUAUUCUCAAAGUAAAGCUUAAGGUCUGUAAUAGAGAGGUGUUUGGCAAUAUUCAAAACAAUACCAAAGUUGCUAAAGAGAAUCUUGACAAUGUUCAAGACCAACUGACCCUCGAUAGCAAUAAUGCCUAUCUUAGAAAACAAGAAACCAAAGUCCAACUAGACCUUGAAACCCUUAUUUCGAGAGAAGAAAUGUUUUGA